AUGAGUAAAUAAUCUAAAUAAUAUCUCUCUACAUCUGCACCUCAUGUAGAUAUGUCACAAUUAUCAAGUGUGUCACCCAAAAAGGAGUUUUAUGAUGCUACAAAGUAAUUAGAAGCUGCAAGAAGAAGAAUCAGUCUUCUUAGAUUGGAAAAUGAAAUGAGGUAUAGUUUUAUUAUGUUAAGUAAGGGAGAAGAAAUUACAAAUUCAAUAAUAAAAACAAGAACAAUUAAAUAAGAUUAGGGAAGAUCAUGAACUGUUCAAAGAAUAUAAAUAGGCUCAUAAAGAGUAAGUGAAUAUGCAAUUACAGAAUCUAGUACAUAGAACUAGGAGUAUGAAGAUGUAACAAUCUUAAGAUAAAAAACUAAUUUAAUAGAACUUUCAUUAGAUGAAGUAACAAGAAGUAAAGAAUAUUAAAGAACAAUCUCAAAGAAAUGAGUAUAUAAUUCGAUAGAACUUGGAUUCAAUAAAAUAAUAAAAGGCAGAAUAAAAAUAACAAGUUUAAACUCAAGUCUAACUAGCUUAAUAAACAAUACAAAACUUUCGCAAACAAAAAUACCUUCGAUUCAUACAAGAACAUCAAUUUUCUAAAUCUUAACAUUCUAUGGAAGCAGAUUUAAAAUUACAGUAAAUCGAAGAACUCAAGAAAUAAGAAGCUUAUCUACUGAUUAAAUUAGAUGAAACAACAAAUGUAUUAUACAAUUAUUAUAUUAUAGUAAGUCAAUAAACUCAAUUAAAGUACUUUGAUCAAGUAAUCUUAAACGACACCAAAGACUGCAUCCUAUUCUUGA